AUGUCCGCGUCAGAGUUUCGGAAGAAGUCCAAUCAAAGACGGCAAGUCCUGAUAGAGAAUCUGGUUGAGAGCAUCACAGGCAUUGCCAGAAACACUCCAAACUUCCGCAAAGCAGUGAAGUUCUCCAUUGAAAACAUCGACGACCACCAAUUCCUUUCAACCAUGCCGAGCGUUGUCGAUCGUCAGUACAAGAACCUGUUAGAUAAGCUGGAGUUCCACUCACAGAUCGGAAAGUUGAACGCCCUGCAGCACGCUGUAACGAGGCUGCGAGGCAUCCAAGACGUGACCAAGGAUCAGGACAGGGAGGAUUUCGUUUACUCGUGCAUGAGGUUCCUGUAUCAUCUGUCCGACAGGGUUCUCGAUUACAACAUAGACAACGAGAGAGCGAUCUCGCACCAUCGACAGCUGCAGUUCGUUGAGUCAGUCAGCGCCCCGGAUGUACACGACCUGGUGAGCAGCUUGCGCAGCAUCAACGAAGAGUUUGCUGGGGACUCUGGGGCAGAGAGUGAAGGCACGCUGUCUGACUGGAGCGAUGAGGAAGAAACUGUGUCAGGGGAGAAAUCAGGUGAAACUCUGCAGAAGGAAACAACUCCGAUGGACGAGCGGGACGAGUGCGAACAGGUUGAUACAACGAGUGAGGUGAAUAGGAUGUCGACGGUCAUCGGAAUGGAAAGGAAACAUGUGGGAAUGAGCAAGCCUGUCGACAUGGACCCAUCGCUCGGGUUCAAACUUCCGAGAUACGUCUCCGCUCCACCCAACGUUCCCCUGAUCCAGACAAACCUCGCCAUAGCGUGCGCAGAGAUGGAUGAAGGACGAGAUAGUCUGAGUUUGUGGAGGUCGAAAUAUUUGAUCUCCCAUGAGCAGACAGUUGUUCAACAAGUCCUGCAGAUGCUUGCAGGGCGAACAGGAUCGUUGUUCACAUGGCAGGGAUGCACCUGUGGAUUGAAAGAUGUUCAUGUUGGCUCGAACGAUCUCCGAAGUUUCCGUGACAGGUGUGAUGGAUUCCUCCAGUGCCAGCCAGUCACCCUCACUCACCUAUCACCGGAGUCUUUGAGCAGCAUUCUUGGGAAGAUGAUGAAGAUUUCGACCAAGCUUGAGAGAUUGAGGAGGUUCUCACGUCAGUACCUCUCCCCAGAUUCAGGGAAGACUCUCACACAGCAAGCCUUCGGGCUCAGUGUGAGUGAAACCCUUGAAUCCUUUGACGAGAUCGUCAACGGUCUCAUUCGAACUUCGCAUUCUGAAAGGCCGACGUUGCAAGUGGAAGGAUCUCAUACGUCGCUGACGCUCAUCGUAGUUGAGAGACUGAUCGAUUCCAAAGUCAAGGAGGUGGACUUGUUGACUUUCCUAGCUGGCGGAGUGUCACAGCGGGAGGUCCCUUCUCCCUCGCACAGCACCAAGAGGAUUCUGGACUUUCUCUUCGACGAGGCUUCUAUGACCCGCAUGCUGCCCGACGAGGGUUGUUACGACCUGCUCCAUGGGAUCUUUACAGCUACCCUGAGGCCAUACCUCCACAUCCUUGACCACUGGCUGGCGGAGGGGAGUUUGGAAAACGACACUUGCAAUGAGUUUUUCAUCCAGGACGUCCAAGUAGAGCAGGAGGCUGGUCUGAGUGAUCAGGUGCAGCCGAGAACGAGUCAGCCCUCCGUCUCCCGCUACUGGCAGAUGUUUGCGAUCAGGCAGGGAGGAGACAUUGUGGAUGAGGGGAAGAUAAGGAGUAGCAGCGUUGGCACCAUAACGAUCUCACGGGAAUCUAACUCUUUGGAUGACUUUUACACGGGAAUGACAAUCACUGUCACUGGAAAGAACGGAAAGUUACUCUCAGCCAUUGUCAAGGGAUACAUCGGAGCGAAGCGAAGAGUCCUCGUUGAUCUAGAAGACACGGUGAAGGAAGACUGCCUCUACGUUGUCACAACAGUCGUUCCAGCUUUCUUCCGACCCUUGUGUUCGCGAAUCCUCUCAGCUGGGAAGUCUGUGAAUGUGUUGCUGUAUGAUGGAGACACCAAGAGGGUUAUACGACAGGUCUUGACAAGUCAGAGGUCAAUCCUGUCAACGUUUGAGCAGAGGAUGAAAUUUCGCAACCGGAGGUUGAGGAUAGGUCAAGGAGUCGUCCAAGAUUCGUCUUCUGCUUGCAGUGCCAAGUCCACUCCUGUCAAGAGCCGUCCGACAGCAGAUUAUCCCUCGGACUUGGCGGAAAGAGGAGGUGGAGGUCUGGUGCAGCUGAGUUGGGUCUUCCAGCAAAUUCAUGCCAGCACGACUUCUUCGACGGAGAGAGUCGAUGAUUUGUUUCAUGUUCAUUUACCCCUCAAUGACGACAUGUCAUGUCAAGUCUCCUUCCCUGACAGUGCUGAUUGCUCCUUUUCCGACCUUCCUCCUUCAUCGCUGAGGCACUUCCUGGCGUCCGCUGACGACGAGGAGGAUGAGGAGAUCUCCGAGGACUUGGAGUCUUCCGUCCUACCGUUCGAGAAGCUGAUGGAGGAGGCGCUGCUGAAAGAUCUGGAGAGGAGAGUGGAGGACUUGAACGAGGAGCUUGUCAAGUAUCUCGUCAACAAGUUCGACCUCAUCGCUCAUCUCAACGUUCUAAGGAGGGUCUACUUCAUGGCGGCGGGAGAUGUCCUGCAUGAGUUCGCCAUGCACAUCUUUCAGAAGCUGGACAGGAACGAGCCCUGGAACGACCCGCACACCCUCAACUCGCUCCUCCAAUCUUCUCUCCCUCCCUCCAAGAGCAUAACCUAUGGCACGAUCUCAGCUCAGAUCGACGCAGCGCAGGAUCCGCGCAAGAGGAAGUCUGCAUCGGACGCGUCCAUUUUCGCCCUCGACGGGCUCUACAUCUCGUACUCGGUGGAAUGGCCCCUCAACCUCAUCGUCAACGAGCAGAGUCUCAAGACGUACAACAACAUCCUGAUCUUCCUCAUGCAGAUCAAGAGAGCCAAGAUCGCUCUCAACGCAGACACGCACGCUGACAAGAACGCCAUCGUCAAGGAUAGUGAGAGCGAGUGGGAGAUGGAAGAGUUGCAGACUCGGGACAGGAUAGGGCAAGACGCUUCCUCUGCCGAGCGCUAUGGGUCGCCCAACACCAAGUAUCUGCUGUUGAGAGCUGAGCUGAGACAUGUCGUCAACAACCUUGAGAACUACAUCAUGACUCAGAUUCAUGGGUCUGGCUCAGUCAUGAUGGAGAAGGAGAUCAGGAAAUCGACGAACCUUGAUCAGAUCCAUUCGUUGCACCUUCGCUUCCUCAGCCGAAUGCGCGAUCGGUGCCUCCUCCAUGAACGAGCUGCGGUCGUGGCAGACACAGCCCGGAAGGUGCUGGACCUGGCUCUGAACUUCAGCGUCUCCUAUCCUCGAUACAAGGCUAGCUUGCAGAAGGGAGAAGAGGACUGGGAAGAGAUGCGGGAGGCAGAGGAGAGUCUCGACAGGGUCAGCAAGGACUUCCAUCGCUGCACGAGGCUGCUGGUGGUCGUACUGAGCAAGAUCGUGUCCCGCGGCUUCCAUCCCCACCUCGAGGACCUGCUUGUGCGGCUGAGCUUUAACGAUUACUUCGAUGCCUCGGAUAGCAGGAGGUGAUGGCUGUGAAUGAAGGGAAGAGUGU